GCAGGCGGCACGGCACGCGAGAGAAGGCAGACAUGGCAGGGCCUACGCCGACGUACUCCGCCGUUGUGGCGCACGCCUCGGCGUUCCUCGCGGAGCUCAUCGCCGACCCGCUCCUCCGGCGCCACCUCCUCUCGGCCGCAGCCGCCGCGGACGGCGGCGGGGGGCAGCACACGGCCGCGACGCUCCAGGCGCUGUCCCUCAUAUCGGACGCGCUGGACACGGUCCCGUCUGCCUCGCCGUCGCCGUCGUCGCUCCGCGCCGCAGAGCGACUGCUGCUGUCCCUCCCCGCGGCCACCCCGCUCUCCUGCCUCCUCUCUGCGCUCGCGUCGGCCGCCCGACGGCGCGGCGGGGCGCCGUCCGCCGCUUCCGCCGUGCUCGACCUCUUCGUCCUCGAUCCCGCGCUCGCGCGCCACGAGCUCGCGCCCGCGGCAUUCGAGGCGCUCUUCGCGCCGCGCCUCCUCCCCGUGAUGCGGCACUUCGCCACGCGCCGCGCGUCGGCCGCCGCCGCCGUGGCAUCCGCGGCGCAGGGCGACGAGGACAGAUCCGUGGAGACAGUCGCACUGUCGGCGAUGAGGGUGCUGUCGCUGAUGAGCGGCGCCCAGGCGCAUGAGAUGAGGGGCCUGGAGCGCGAGUACGAGAUGGUGCUGGACGUGAACUGCAAGGCCUACGCGCUCUACCUAAAGAAGAUCCUCAAAGCCGGCGAGGCGCCAAGGAUGUCGCCGCCGCCGCCUCCUCCAGAACUUGUAUUCACAGUAGGACAGCACGAAGACGAGUACGAGAACACGGGCUACGAGGAAGCCUCGACGGACGCCGACGACGGGGCCGUCAGUUCGCAGAAUGGAGUACGGAAUAAUCCAAUGUGGGCGGAGGCGGAGGGCGACCUGUACCUGCGGCAGGGCAGCGUCAAGGGCCGGAGGGAAAUGAUGAGGCCGCCGAGCCUGUAUCCGCAGCGCGUGGCUCCGCACCUCAUAGUGCAGCAGCAGAAGAAGCAGCCGCCACAGGUCGGGAGAGGAAGCCCGGCGUCCAGACUCCGGGCCGGCUACUCGCCUCCCACGGCUUCCGACGACAGCACGGAGGAUUCUUCAUCCGAGCUCUACACCGGAAAACAGGAAAAGCAAGCGGCGUCCCCACUGUCCAAGCCACGCGGCGACGACGGCGCCAGCCGGGCCCGCCUCUCUCCGGAGCACUCAAGGUCCUCGAUGGCCGGCGACGCCGAGCUGUCGCGGCUUCAGCAGCAGGCGGCGACGACGCCCAAGGACUUCGUGUGCCCGAUCACGAGCCAGGUGUUCGACGACCCCGUCACGCUCGAGACCGGCCAAACGUACGAGCGCCGCGCCAUACAGGAGUGGCUUGACCGCGGCAACGCGACGUGCCCCAUCACGCGCCAGCACCUGCACGGCGGCAGCCUCCCCAAGACCAACUACGUCCUCAAGCGCCUCAUCGCCGGCUGGCGCGAGCAGAGCCCGCCCGCCACGCCGAUCACACCCGCGACUCCCCCGACGCCCGCCGUGCCGAGAACACCCGCGCCCGCGAGGAUGGAAAGCCCGGCCCCUGCGUUCAAGAUCAACUCGCCGUCCCCGGACACCACCGGCAGCCAGGCCAGCGCGCCGUCGCCGACCAGCGUCAUCGUGCAGGCCACGGUGGAGAGCGCCGUCAGCGAGCUCCGCGCCGCGGUGUCCUGUCUCUGCACGUCCGAGGAGCUGGCCGAGUCGGAGAAGUCGGUCCUCAGGAUCGAGCGGCUCUGGCGCGAGGCCGGCGCCGCCGAGCAGGCCUUCUUCUCCGCGCUGGCCAAGCCCGCCGUGAUCAACGGCUUCGUGGAGAUCCUCUUCAACUCCGUCAGCGCGCAGGUGCUGCAGGUGGCCGUCUUCCUCCUCGCCGAGCUCGCCUCCCGCGACGACGGCGUUGUGCAGACGCUGACGCGGGUGGACACCGACGUGGACUGCCUGGUCGCGCUGUUCAAGAAAGGGCUCGUGGAGGCCGUGGUGCUCAUCUUCCUCCUAUCUCCUUCCGUGGAGCAGCUCGUCGAAAUGGACAUGGGCGAAGCGCUGGUGGCCACCAUCCGACGAGCCGACGAGGCAGACGCGCUCAACAUGUGCGUCAAGCCCAAGUCCGCGUCCGUGAUCCUCCUCAGCCAGAUUCUCUCAGAGUCAGGCGUCGGUCGGGAGAGCACGCCGCCGGUGCCGAGGUCCGCUCUGGUGUCUGAGAGGUUCGUGAGGAGCACGGCGCUGGUCUUAGAGGCGGAGCAGGUGGAGGUGAGGGUGGCCGCAAUGAGGAUCCUGAUGCGAUGCGUUGGGGAAGACGGCCACUGCCGGAGCAGCAUCGUGGAGAAGCUGGCGGUGGGCGCCGUCCUAGACGCCUUCCACGUCGUCGGCGACGCCGACAAGUUCGAAAUCGUGCGGUUCCUCUCCGAGCUUCUGAAGCUGAGAAAGCGAUCGGCCGCGGAACGUGUGCUUCGGGCCAUCAAAGAGGGGAGCUCCUUCAGCAUGAUGCACACGCUUCUCGUGUAUCUGCAGUCCACCACGCCGGAGCAGACCCCCGUCGUCGCUGGGCUUCUUCUUCAGCUCGAUCUCUUGGUGGAGCCGAGGAAGAUAAGCAUGUACCGCGAGGAGGCGAUGGACAGCCUCGUGCAGUGCCUCAAGAACUCGGAUUUCCCGAGGAGCCAGCUCCUGGCCGCCGAGACCAUCAUGAACCUCCCCGGAAAGUUCUCGUCGUCCGGGCGGCCGCUCGCCCGGUCGACCUUGCUGAAGCUCGCCAGGGUGAAGGAGAGGUACCGUCAGUCGCAGGAGCUGAGCGUCGUUCGUGGCACCGACGGCGCCGAGGACGACGCGGCCGGGGAAGAGAAGGCGGCGUCGGAGUGGGAGAGAAAGACAGCGUACGCGCUGGUGAGCCACGAGUUCGGGCUGGUGCUGGAGGCCCUGUCCGAGUGUCUGGAGAGCAAGAAUGCGGAGCUGUUCGCGGCGAGCCUCGUGUGCGCGGCAUGGCUCGUCCACAUGCUCUCCCUCCUCCCAGACACCGGCGUGCUCGGUGCCGCGCGUGUCUGCCUGCUCCGGCAGCUCGUGCUCGUUCUCAGAUCUGCGAAGCACGGCAGCGACCGGGCCCUCGCCAUGGUGGCGCUCAGGAGCUUCAUGAACGACCGUGAGGGAAUGCAAGACAUCACGACGUACAUCAAGGACGUGCUGAGAACACUGAGGGAGCUGAAGAAAUCGUCCGGCCUCGCGUUCGAGAUGCUGAAGCUGCUGUCCGAUGGCCAGGAGUCUAGCAUCGACAUGUGGAACCACAAGGAGCUUAACAACGCCGAUUGCAGCUCGAACGGCGAGGUCACGUCGAUCGUUUAUUACAAGAGCUACAUCUUCUCCGGACACUCUGAUGGAACACUAAAGGUGUGGGAGGGAAGCGAGAACAUCCUUCGCCUCGUCCAGGAAUCCCAGGAGCACACCAAAGCAAUCACCAGCUUGUCAAUCCUGCCUUCGGAGGAGAAGCUCUACAGCGGAUCCAUGGACCGAACUAUCAGGGUGUGGCAGUUCCGGGACGGCCUCCGGUGCGCAGAGGUGUACGACACGCGGGACCCCGUGCAGAACCUGGCCGUGGCGAGCGCCAUGGCCUGCUUCGUGCCGCAGGGCGCCGGCGUGAAGACGCUGAGCUGGAACGGCGGCACCCCCAAGGUCCUGAACCCCAGCAAGUCCGUGCGGUCCAUGGCGCUGGUGCACGGCAAGCUCUUCUGCGGCUGCAACGACGGCAGCAUCCAGGAGAUCGACCUGGCGAGCGGGACGCUGGGCGUCAUCCAGCCCGGGAACAAGAGGAUCCUCGGCAAGUCCAACCCGGUCUACUCCCUGCAGGUCCACGAAGGGCUGCUCUACACCGGGAGCACCCCGCUCGACGGCGCGUCGGUCAAGAUAUGGAACAGCUCGAACUACAACCAGGUUGGGUCGAUACCGUCGGCGGCGGAGGUGCGGUCGCUGGUGGUGAGCGCGGACCUGGUGUACCUGGGCUCCAGGAACGGCGCCGUGGAGAUCUGGUCCAGGGAGAAGCUCAUCAAGAUCGGCGCCCUUCAGGCUGGUGGCGCCGGCUGCCGGGUCCAGUGCAUGGCGGUGGACGCCGACGGGGACGUCCUCGUCGUCGGAACAUCUGACGGCAAAAUUCAGGCUUGGGGAUUGACUUGAGCAGAUGCAGAUUGUCGGAUACAGGGUGGUGAUGACGGAAUCAGUGACCUAUCUUUGUGCAGAAUGUGACUAGAAUGCAGAUUUAUACAGAUAAAAA